CGUCGUUCCGGUGUGCCAUCCGUUGGUUGCACGAUACCGGCGUGCAUUCCGUCUUCCGCUGUCGUUUAGUAAAGUAUUUUUAUCCAGUGUCGGUUUUUUAUUAUUUUGAGCGUAAUAUGUUUUAUGAAAUGCGUGAUAAGAGGUACGACUCAGCCGGUUCUUCCGGCUGUCUUGGUCGUUGUUGGGUUUUGGUAGCCUUGUGUGGUCUAUUUAUAACUGUGUCGUUUAUAGGGAUGACCUUGUGGCUCGGCAUGAACAGUCGACCAGACGUGCCGCCGAUCGCUCCUCAUCACCAUCAUCAUCAUCAACAGUCUCAACCCACACACGUACCAUCCAAUGUACAUAGGCACCAUUACGAGACAACGACUACUAAGUCGACAUUCCCUGCAGUCGACUACGAGGUAAUGCCUACGACUAGCAUAAAAAACAAAAAGGGAAGAAUUGAAAUUGUAGAACAAGAGAAAACUGCCAAGAUCGAACCAACCACUCCUAUGUAUAGAAUUGAACCAAAGUUAGGAGAUGGUAUUAAUCCGGUAGAGGAUAACUCAGAUGUAUCGAGUAGCACUAAUGGCGUGCGAAAGAAGAGUGAAGUAGUAUUCCCUCAAUGGUCGGAUUUAGAGAGUAAAGCUGAAGAAUUAUACGAACCGCCACAAGAAUAUCCUCCGUACUAUGUAAAUGAACAACAAGAUUCUUCACAACUCAGUCCCAUACCAGCCUUUUCUUAUCUUAAAGAGCAUCCAGUCAGGCUUACCGGAAAAGACAUUAGGCCACCGGUUGAAAUUGAUAGUGAAGAGUAUCCAUUUUAUUAUACACAAUUUGAAAAUGCAGUUCCUGAAAAUAAGGAAACCAAUCCUGUUUUCAGUUUCUUACGGAAGAGGUUACAAGAUGUUCACGAUUGGUUAGCGCAGACAGGUAACAACCGAGUCAAAAAUAAGAACAACCAAUGGAUUCAAAUGGUCGACGCUGUCAAUCAAUCAUUACACACGAAAAAUGCCACUAUAGUGCUAUCUAAGUUGCGAGAAAUGUACUUUAACAGCACCAGUGACUUAGCACCUGAUACACCAGUAGCUAGUCUAAUAUAUCCAGUAGCAGCCAAUGAUUCUACGGCUAGUCUCGUAUCAUUCGGUUUGUUGGCCAUCGACUUGUUCUUAUUGCAUAACGUGCAACAAAUAGCCGUCAACGAGGAUGCUGUGGCUGGACAACAGAUGCUCAACGAUCCAGACGUGGUAGCCAUGAACGCGUUGUUUUUGCCUCCCGACCGAGUAAAACAAUUGCGUUCGGCGAACUCUCGUGUUUUAUCUGAUAACCGCGGUAAUAAAGGUUUUAUAUCAGAGCUUAUGGAGUUUGUCAACAGCGGUCUCAGAGCUAUAUUGAACCUAAGUCGGGCUUAUAGGAGUAGUUCAAGAUCUUUCAGCGCACAGGGCAAAAGUGUUGAUGGUGGAGCACCGGUUAGUGGUUCUUCUUUAGAUUGUAUUUGGACGCUAUAUUGUAGAAACUUAGACAAAACAGCCAGAUUAGAAGGACCAUAUGGAUUCUUAGCUAAAAUGAACAGUUUGGGAUUACGAUUGAUGAUGGGUGAAUUUCCUGUUGAACGAGCUUUAGAUCAUUUACUCAAAGAGUCAACACAAGGUUGGCGGAGGUUGAACUGUGACCGUCUCUUUCCCAGGUGUAAUGGUGAAAAAGCAAAAGAAGUGGUACUGGAGACUGCUUUAGGCAAAAAUGCAUCCGGUGGCGAUUUGGUGUCAUUAUAACCGCUCGACUUAAGAUUUAAUUUAGUUGCACUAAAUUUUCAGCGAAAUGUAUGCCAGAAGAACAGUUCGAGUUUAUUUUAUCAGUUUUAAAAUAAUAAAUUCAUAUAAACCCCUUAAAUUUAAUGACUCGGUCUGUUUUACUGACAUGACCGCUCACAUCAAGCUGUGUACUGUGUGUACUCUGCACACGGUCUGUGAUAAGACUUAUACAUAUCAAGACAUUAAUAUAAUAACGCUACUUUAUUAAGUGUCAAUCGUUGUCGACAAAUAUUAGUUCCUUCUAUGAAAAAUAUGUAUAAAAAUGUAGAUAAGUAUUGGCGGCAAGGAAGAAACAAUUUUUUUUUUUAUUUUGUUAAAAAAGGCUGCAAACAUAAAACGAUACAACUACCGAUAGUAUCCUAAAUCAAUAAUAACAACAUCUCGGAAACCGUAAAAAAUGACAACCGUUAGAAGCAUUAUAGCAGCUAAUGGGUGAUUUAUAGUUUUUUCUCCUCAUUUGGUCUGUCAUUAUUAUUUUUAUUUUCCGUUAAUUUUUCAGGGACCGCGAAAAAAUACUCGUUGAUAUUAAAUCAAUGAAUCACCGAAUCAUUAAUAAACAAACUUUAAUUAAUAAAUCAUAUCAGAAUUCUCGCGGUUAGAGAAUUCUUUUUAGAUAAUCAAAGCAAAAUUUUUAUAGUAUCCAAACUCAAAAGUUAAUGUUCAAUUUUUUAAUAAGUUGUUUUGGUAAUUUUAACUAUAUUUACGUUAAUUUUCGACCAAGAGAAUUUUAAAAAGAGAUUUACUAUUGUUAUUAAAUAAUUAAUCAAUAACACCACUAUCUUAGUAUUAUUAUUUAAAACUCUUGUUAGUAAAGUUUUUAUUACUUACAUGUUUUAU